CACUGACUCACUCGGGCAGACAUGGCGUCCUCCAGCACAAGACAGUUACUUGCACGCUGUAUGUCUACAGCUCCGGCCGCGGCCAAGAAGCUCGCCAUCAAGCAUGUGACAGUGAUCGGGGGCGGCCUGAUGGGAGCGGGGAUAGCGCAGGUGGCUGCAGCUACAGGUCACACAGUUGUGCUGGUGGACCAGACAGAUGACAUCCUAAAAAAAUCUAGAAAAAGCAUUGAAGACAGCUUGAAAAGAGUAACAAAGAAGAUGUUUUCAGAUAAACCUGAGGCUGCUUCUCAGUUUAUUGAAAAAAUCCUUGGAAACUUUGCAACCAGCACAGACCCAGCAGCUGUUGUGCACAGCACUGACCUUGUGGUUGAAGCCAUUGUGGAGAAUUUGGAUGUGAAGCAUGAGCUCUUCAAAAGACUAGAUAAAUUUGCCCCUGAGCAUACUAUAUUUGCUAGCAACACCUCAUCAUUGCCAAUUACAGAUAUAGCAAAUUCCACAACCAGGCAGGACCGGUUUGGUGGCUUGCAUUUCUUUAACCCUGUGCCAAUGAUGAAGCUUGUAGAGGUGAUAAAGACACCAAUGACAAGCCAAACAACUUUUGAGUCCCUCAUGGAUUUUAGUAAAGCUCUUGGGAAAACACCAGUGUCAUGCAAGGACACCCCUGGCUUUAUUGUUAACCGCCUUCUUGUGCCAUACCUAAUGGAAUCUGUCCGACUUUACGAGCGAGGGCAUGCAUCAAAAGAAGACAUUGAUGUUGCAAUGAAGCUGGGAGCUGGCUAUCCUAUGGGUCCUUUUGAACUGCUGGAUUACGUUGGACUGGACACCAGUAAAUUCAUUAUUGACGGAUGGCAUCAGAUGGAGCCAGACAAUCCUUUGUUCGCACCGAGUGAAUUAUUAAAUAAGCUGGUUGCUGAGAAGAAACUUGGCAAGAAGACAGGAGAAGGAUUUUAUAAGUACAAAUGAAUGUAACACCACUUCGCUCUAUUUUGUAACUGUGUGGCGACUGUGAGACGUCGGGUCUGUUUUGCUAAUUAACACAGAAUUGCUGUCGUACUCUCGCCACAUAACAGAAAUUUCUAUUGAUCUGAUUUUUUUGAUUGCCGUCGUAUCGCUCAGUAGUGCCUUGGAGCAAGGGUUUGAAUCCUUUUCUAACGCCUUAAGAAAAAGUUACAAAUAACUAAUUUGCUGGUUUAAUAAACGUUGCUCUGCUCACAA